CUUUUACUUAUUUAUUUCACGAUUUUUCUGGCCGCCUGAUUCGUCAAAACAGCGGCGAGUAGACAUUUAUUUUGAUUGGAGUCAGGCGUGAUCUCAAGAGUUGCUGAGUGCUCCGCCCCCGUCCCCCACCCUCCCGUUUCUGAAUUCCGGCACCGGAAUUCGGGGAGGUUGUUGGGGACUUCUUGAAGCCGGAAAUUACUGAUUGUCUUCAGCUCUCAUUGUGAAAGAAGUACAAACAAUGGCCGAGGAAAAGCUAAUGGAAAGGACGGACAUUGUUGGUAAGCAAUUUCCUCCUGUUGCCCCGCCGGUACCACCUCCUUUGCCUGGUCCGGCAACGCCCAUUUAUCACCGGCUGGGGUUAAUGAUAAAUGAGUCUCCACUGAGAGGGCAUUGCUGUGUCUCUACAUCCACGAGGAACUUGUGGGAUGCUCUCUUUGAUGGAGGCUACAGAGCAGACGUUGCUGUUUAUACUGAUAAUGGUGGGGUUAUCUUCGCUCAUGCCAAUAUUCUUGGCAUGGCUUCUCCUAUACUAAAAGGCUUGUUAAAGCAAUCCACAGGCCUUGGCCGGAGAAAAUCAAUAUCUAUCCGAGGUGUUCCACGGGACGCAGUUCGAGUUUUUAUUCGGUUUUUGUAUUCUUCGUGUUAUGAGAAAGAAGAAAUGAGGGAAUUUGUCUUGCAUUUAUUGGUGCUCUCACAAGUAUAUGUUGUUCCUCAAUUGAAGAGACUUUGCGAGCAGCAGCUAGAGCAGGGUUUGCUUACCUUAGAAAAUGUAGUUGACGUCUUUCAGCUUUCAUUACUGUGCAAUGCUCCUCGGCUUAGCUUAAUGUGUCACCGGAUGAUGCUUCAAGACUUCAAAGCUGUUUCUUCAACGGAAGGCUGGAAAGUGAUGAAGAAGAGCCAUCCAGUGCUUGAGAAAGAACUUCAAUUAUCCGUCAUUGAAGAAGAAAAUGGGAAAAAGGCAAGGAUCAGAAAAUUGGAUGAGCAGAAGAUUUACUUAGAACUAUACGAGGCAAUGGAGGCACUUGUUCAUAUCUGCAGAGAUGGGUGCAGGACAAUUGGCCCCCAUGACAAAGACUUGAAAGAGAACCAGACACCUUGCAAAUACACAGCUUGCAAGGGAAUAGAAUCACUUGUGAGACAUUUCAAUGGUUGCAGGCUGAGGGUUCCCGGGGGCUGCAUCCAUUGCAAGAGAAUGUGGCAGCUUCUGGAAUUGCAUUCCCGUCUUUGUGCUGAUUCCAAUAAUUGCAGGGUUCCUUUGUGUGGGUAGGCCUUAUUUCCUUUCUUCUUCUAAAAUCUUCUCUUUCAUGUUUUGCACCCAGAAAUUGUAAUAGCUCAUGAUUACAGGAAUUUUAGGGAGAAGAUUAGGAAACAGAACAAGAAGGAUGAGAUGAAGUGGAAAAUACUGGUGAAAAAGGUAUUGAGAACAAAGAGAAUUGGAGGAGGACCAUUCUUUUUAUCGGGGAAUUCCAGCUUUUGAUGAAAGCAAGGUCUUUUUUUCUUAGACCACCUUUACAUGUAUAUUCACUUUACCUAUAUAUUCAUAGAGAAAACAUCGGUUUUUGUCCUCUGGUAUUAAAUUAAGGAGGGGGAGGGGUCACUUCUCUCAAGACCUCAUCCUUCUGGCUCCAAGGAAGAUUGAGAUUGGAGAAGUGAUACUGGCUGGAACUUGUUCUGGAAAUGCUACAUGAUUGAUAGUAGUAAUUUCCACUAUUGUAAUAAUUGGAACAGAGGGAUGUAGACUUAAAGGCUACCCUUUCCAUUUUCUUCAAUGUUCAUGUAUGGUAAGUUUUUGAAAUAAUUUAACUAGAGGUUA